AGUGAACCGCCAAAACUUGAGCAGAAUUUAGUGCGGUUCUAUAAGUCCUAACUUCUAAACGAACUUUGUUUUGCACUACUUCGAGUUUAGUUUACUUUCCAAAAUGGCUGCAACAGCAACAUCACCUCGCACUCCGGCGUCUUCAGGAAGGCUCGAGGCUGCCUCCCCGACGAAGAUGACCCGACUUCAAGAGAAAGAAGAACUUCAACACUUGAACGAUCGCCUCGCCGUUUACAUAGACAGAGUCAAAUUCUUGGAGGAGACGAACAGCAAGUUGACAGCAGAAAUUUCUAUGAUGACGAGCACUAAACAGUCUGAGGUUGACAGCGUGAGGAACUCACUAGAAGCAGAGCUGAGAGAUGUGAGGAGGCUAUUGGACGAGAUCGCAAAGGACAAGGCACGCGAGCAGAUCGAGAACAAGAAGAACGCUGCACUGGCAGAUGAAUUCAAGAAGAAGUUUGAGAAAGAAGCUGCAGCUCACAACAAGAGUGAAGAUGCCUUAAAAGCAGCUCAGAGAAAGUUGUCUGACCGAGAAGCACAACUAGAAACAGUAAAUCAAGAGGCCAAGAAUUUGGAAGGGGUUAUUCUGGAGCUAAGGAAAGAGUUCCAAGAACUAAAGGAUGCUUUGGAAUCGGCUAAAUAUGCUCUUGAGCAGGAGACUUUGUCAAGAGUAGACCUUGAGAACAAACUCCAGUCUAAGGAAGAAGAACUUAAUUUCAAGAAAGAGAUGUACAAUAAGGAAAUAAUUGAGAUCCGUUCUCAGUUACAAAGUGUGGAGUCGCAGCACAUCAAAAUAGAAGCUGAAGCAAAGAACAGAUAUGAAGGAAUCUUGUCUGAAAAGCUUCAUGAACUGAGGGAAAUGUUCGAUAGUGAGGCCAGGCAAUAUAGAGAUGAAACUGAUGGUCUUUAUGGUGCUAAGUAUGAUGAACUCCAGAGGAUGAAUGCUAAGGAAGUGGAAGAGUUGACACUGAUCAGAGAAGAAAAAAGAAAUUUGUCAAUCACUAUUGAAAAUAUCAAGUCAGAAUUAAACCAGUUGCAGUCCAAGAAUUCAAGCUUGUUACAAAGAAUCGAAGACCUAGAAAGUUUGCGCGCUAGUGACCAAAAGAUAGCUGAUGAGGCAAUAGCAAACAGAGAUGCACAACUCAAAGAACUUCGCAAGAGAAUCGAUACUCAACUCAGAGAAUAUGAGGAUCUUAUGGGAGUGAAGACUGCUCUUGACCUGGAGAUUUUAACUUACAGAAAGAUGUUAGAAGGAGAGGAGUCAAGGUUGAAUAUAACUCCUCCUGCUUCCCCAGUCUUUGGAGCUUCUGCUAAAACUGGCAGACGUGCUGCAAAACGAAUCCGUACAGAGGAAGAGACCAUAGGAACUAGGUAUUCAAACCAAGGCUAUAUUCAGAUAAAAGAGGCAAGUGCAGAUGGUACCUUUGUCAAGCUGUUCAACAGUGGAGCCAAUGAUAUGCCCCUUGGUGGCUGGAGUGUGGAAAGAUCAGUUGAUGGGGAACCACCUGUAAUUUACAAGUUCACACCAAAAUAUGUCUUGAAAAGUGGAUCUUAUGUUACAAUUUGGGCAUCGCAAGGUGGUGGCCAGCAUAAACCACCUUCAGAACUGCUAUUUAGACAGAAAGCCAGCUGGGGUGUUGGUAAAGAAACAAAAACAGUGUUGAAAGAUGCAGACAGCCAGGAAGCAGCUUCGGCAAUAAGUGAAGAAGUCAGCAUCAUCAGGACUGAUGAAAUUGAUAGUCGGCAACCACCCAUGGUGUCAGGACGACGUGAGGGUGAAACUAGCAAAGGCUGUGUUAUUCAGUAAUAGUCUGUUUUUUCAGUCCUAACAACUGAUUUUGAGCUUUUUAGUCAGUCCUUCAGUUAGAAUAAACAUAAUAAAAAUUAGGUUUAUAUCUUUGCUGUGUAAAAAAACAACUGGCAGAAGUACUUUUUUAUUUGUAAAACCCAAACUGUAAAUCAAUUUAUUUGUACUCCAAAUUUUUUACCCAAAUUUUGAAUACUCCAAUUUAAUGUUUACAUUCUUUUGUCACUCUAUAUAAGGUCAAUUAAGUUUCUGUUAUAUUUAUUUUGGAAGAAAUCUUCAGCAUACAAGGGCUUCUAAACCUUGCAUCAUAGCAGCAGCCUAAUAAUUUUGUUCAUUCAACUUAAUUUUUAGAACAAUGAUGUUUGAUUUUGAGUGGGGGUUAAUAAGAGUGUGGUUUUGAUGGAUUCCAGUGAUUCAUUGUAUGGGCAUAUUUCUCAAAAAAAAAAAAGGCUGAAACGAUCUGCUCAGAGUUAUAUCUUAUAAGACAAGGUUAACAGGUUAAGUACUGGAAGACAAUGUGUGCAUGGAAUUGUCUCAAAGUUACUAAAAGCAAAACUGGAAAAUAAUUUUCCCCCACAUUUUCAGUGGUCUUCUCUUCCAAAAUGUAAUGUAAGUUUUGUACUUAUCUGGAUUGCUAGUAAAACUUAAGAGUUGUUUUUUUUUAAGAUGUAUUCUGUGAGGUUACAUUUUGUAUGCAGUAGGUCAACCAUGCAGAUUUGUCUGCACCAUGAAUAAAGUGACAACCUGUCAUA